GUUGAAGCGUCGAAGAAGCUGCAGUCAUCUUCGAGCUGUACAUGCACCUGCAGCCACGCUCGUGUAACCGCAACUCAAUCUUCGACCAGUCCACGAUCUAAGCUGCUCAUUUCCUCAUUCCCCUGCUCGCCGAACAAUCUACACCCGUUAUGACCCUUUCGUUUCCGGACGAUGCGCUCUUUCUGGGUCUAGACUGCUCCACGCAGAGCAUGUCAGCUGUGGUUGUGGACGCCAGCGGCCACGUGGUGUAUGAGAGCUCCUUUCGUUUCGAUGAGCGCUUCCCGCAGUACGGAACUGAUAACGGCGUGCUGCGUCCGAAGGAAAACGAGGUAGUGAUCCCCUCGCUGAUGUUCGUCGAGUCCCUGGACGCCAUCAUGGAAGACCUGGCGAAGAGCUCCAUCGACGUUGCUAUGAUCAAGAGCGUCAGUGGAAGUGCUCAGCAACACGCUUCCGUAUACUGGGACAAGGGCUUCUCGCUUCGUGCCUGCUUAGACGCCGCCGCGGAGUCUGGCGCCGUUUCCAUGGUGGAGGCCAUGCAGAAACAGCAAGAGCCUGCGUUCUGCCUGCCCAACGGACCUAGCUGGAUGGACAGUUCUACGACGCGCUACUGCACUGAGUUGGAGAAUGUUGUAGGUGGACCUGGCCGCGUCGCUGAGAUCAGUGGGUCCCGAGCGUACGAGCGCUUCACGGGCAAUCAAAUCGCCAAGCGGAUCCACGAGGAUCCUGCAUUUCUGGAGAAAUGUGGACGUAUCGCUCUAGUCUCGUCGAUGCUGACGUCGCUCCUGUGCGGUGAAUACGCUCCAAUUGAUGACAGCGACGGAUCGGGCAUGAACCUGCUUGACGUACGCGAACGUGUGUGGUCCCCUGAGCUCGUGAAGGCCACUACGAAGUACAGUACUUCUGCUAAUGCUGCGGAGAAGUUAGUGGCGGCCUUGGGUCCGCAGGUUUCGCGAGCGUACUCGUCAGUGGGCUCUAUUCAUGUCUACUUCCAGAAGAAAUACGGCUUUAUUGCUGAUUGCAAGGUGAUCGCGUUCUCCGGUGACAACCCGUGCACCCUCGCAGGUAUUGGUCUAUCUCAGCCCGGUGACGUGGGUGUCUCGCUGGGUACAUCCAGCACGCUGUUUGCGGUGGUGCCGACGGAAGCCGCGCGCUUCUCUGGCAAAGAGGGGCACUUCUUCUGCAACCCCAUUGACCCGAACUCGGUUAUGGCUAUGAUCUGCUUCAAGAACGGCUCACUCACGCGAGAGGAUGUGCGAGAUCGACGCGCGAAUGAGUCGUGGGAGAUGUUCGAGCAGCUAAUGCAAGCUACGAAGGCGGGCAACGGAGGCACCACAGCGUUUUACUAUCAGGAUCCGGAGAUCACUCCAUCCACUCUUAGGGCUGGAGUUGUUGGUUUCAAUGCCAGCGGUGCUAGCAUUGACAUCUCGCACUCCCCUCCUGAAGUGGAAGUGCGUGCAGUGGUGGAGAGCCAAUUUCUGUCGCUGCGUUUGCAUGCGGAGAAACUUGGCGUCAACAAGCCGCAGCGUCUUAUGGUGGUCGGAGGAGCCUCUGCGAACAAGUACUUCUACACUGUGGACCAGAAGCGUAUCGUCUGGUCCUCUCGUGCGCACCGCAAGAUGAUGACCACGUUGUAUCGUGCCUGGCACGGUAGGACGUGGAAGGUCUACUCGCUGAGCUUCUGGGCCAGUCUGUGCGGCAUCGUGCGCAGACGGUAA